AAGAAAAUAAAAAGAGAAAUUGAAAAACAUUUGGGAGUAGGGUUUUCAGUUACCCCAUUUGAAAACCAUGUAUAUAACCGCUUGCUAUUAUGUUGGUUCCACAAACGCACGUUCUGAAACUGCUACUGAAGCUCGUUACAGUGACUAGAAUUGGGACAAACCCUUUUUCUCUGUUAAAGUUUUGGUCUUUUUUCUGUACCAAAAGGGUAGAACAAGCAAAGGAGAAGGAGAAGCCGACCCUGAAUUUGUUUUUGCAUGAUAUGAGCACAAUGUCUUCGGAUCUUGAUGAUUAUAAAAUUAUUAAGGAGGGAGAAGUUGAGAUUCUUAUGCAUAAGAAAAAUGAAGUCUUCUACAACAAAACUCAGGUUAAUAAUAGGGAUAUAUCUAUUGCUGUUUUGAGAACCUUUAUAUCAAAACGGAUGCAAGAGCAUGAGGCAUAUUUGUCCAAGAGAACAAAAGGGGCACAAAAGGUGUCUGAAAAUAAUGAUUCUUGUGAAUUGGGUGUGGAGGAAGUACCUAAUGGGCAUCCAUCAGAAGAUCAUAAAUCUAAUGGUGAAUGUGAAGUAGAGGAAGAGAUAUCUCCAGAAGAACGGUGCAGUGCUGUGGAAGAUUCAGUCAAGGUCAAUGAAGAAUGUAGCACCACAGAAGGGUUAAUCAAUAUUUCAGAAGGAAAAGGAAAGAAAGAACUGAAGCCCCCAAGAGUUCUUGAGGCGUUGUCUGCUUCUGGGCUAAGGUCUCUCAGAUAUGCUCGUGAAGUAGAAGGGGUUGGUCAGGUUGUUGCUCUGGACAAUGAUAAAGCUUCUGUUGAGGCUUGCAGAAGGAAUAUCAAAUUCAAUGGUUCCGUAGCAAUUUCAAAAGUGGAGUCUCAUCUUGCUGAUGCUCGUGUAUAUAUGCUAACUCACCCUAAAGAAUUUGACGUGGUUGAUCUUGAUCCCUAUGGUUCACCUUCUGUGUUUCUGGAUUCAGCAGUUCAAUCUGUUGUCGAUGGAGGUAUGCUGAUGUGUACAGCAACAGAUAUGGCUGUGCUCUGUGGGGGAAAUGGGGAGGUCUGCUAUUCAAAAUAUGGAUCAUACCCCCUGAGAGGAAAAUAUUGCCAUGAAAUGGCCUUGAGGAUUGUGCUGGCUUGCAUUGAGAGUCAUGCUAAUCGUUACAAGCGGUAUAUUGUUCCUGUGCUAUCUGUUCAGAUGGACUUUUAUCUUCGUGUUUUUGUUCGUGUAUAUACUUCUGCCAGUGCUAUGAAAAACACUCCCCUAAAGCUUUCUUAUGUUUAUCAGUGCACUGGUUGUGAUUCGUUCCACCUACAGCCCAUUGGGAGGACCAUCUCCAAGAAUACCAGCGUCAGAUAUUUGCCUGGCUAUGGUCCUGUUGUUCCUCAAGAAUGCAGUGAUUGUGGGAAAAAGUUCAAUAUGGGUGGCCCUAUAUGGUCUGCUCCUAUCCAUGACCAAGAAUGGGUGUCGUCUAUACUAGCUGAUGUGAAAUCUAUGAAGGAAAAAUAUCCUGCUUAUGAUCGUAUAUCAGCUGUGUUGACUACAAUAUCAGAGGAAUUGCCCGAUGUUCCCCUCUUUUUGAGUCUCCACAACCUCUGUGCAACCCUUAAGUGCACUUCUCCUUCAGCAAUUAUUUUUCGUUCUGCUGUGAUCAAUGCAGGCUACCGUAUAUCUGGAACUCAUGUUAAUCCAUUGGGGCUUAAAUCAGAUGCGCCCAUGGAUGUUAUUUGGGACAUAAUGCGGUGCUGGGUAAAAAACCAUCCGGUGAAGCCUCAGCCAGCGGAUCAACCAGGAACUACCAUACUUGCAAAGGAACCAGUUCUUCAGGCAAAUUUUGCUCGUGCUGUAGCAUCUCUUAGCAAGGCACAAGCCAAGAAAGUUGCACGCUUUCUUCCAAAUCCUGAGAGACACUGGGGUCCAAAGCUAAGGGCAGGACGUCAAAUUACUAGCAAACAUGUGUCUCUUUUGGGUCCAGAAGCAAUUAAUGGAGCUCUCAACCAGGAAGACAGUGAAGAACCUAAAAGUAAGAGGCCAAGGACUGAAGAUAAUAUCACAUCUUAGUUCACAAAUAAGGUUUUGAAAUUAAUUUUCAUCAAUCUAGAGGUCAUGGAAUUCUAUGCUUUUGGUUACUAAAGAAAUCCAUUUGUCUUCACUAAAUUUUGCACACAAGGGUGAGCUGAGUCAAUGAAUUAGACAAUUGCCUUGUUUCUCAAGUAACAAUUAUGCAAAAUGCUGAUGGAAGAGCAAGGCACUUAGCAUCAAAUUAUACAUUUAAAUGUUUUUUUUUUACAAUUCUUAUGGAAAUUGUAUUGUAUGGAAUAAUAUUGUAUUAGUGAAUUUGUAUUUGGUGUUUUUUGAUAGUUGAAGUUCCAUCUUCUUUGACUUGCAUGUGAACAAUGUUUUUCAGCAAAAAAA